CCUUAUGGAUAUUCCCGCGCCGCCGAGUGGCACAGGCGAGUCACUGUGCCGCAAUUUUGUCAAGCGGCUAGUUGCAGGCGUUGUGUUGGCCACCGCGGUGGUCCUGGUCUUCGUCUUGUGUCCUCGUGCGACCACGUCAGCGCUCAUGGCAACGCUUCUGGCUCUGUGCAUGUACGAAUACUCGUGGCUCGUCGUACAUAUCAAAGCGUUGAUGCUUGCACCAUCGCCCGUUCCAUCUUCACUGGGACAGCCCGCGAACUUACCGCCGCUCAGUUCUCGACCCCAUGCACAUACCGCCGCACCUCUUGCAUGGAUCCAUGCACCCCGACUGGUCGUGGUGGCUCUUGUGUCGAUCGCAGUGGUCGUUGCCACUGCGGCAUUCUUCCUCGGACUAUUUUAUGUUGAUACCAUCGACGUCACCCCCACACUCUUCUACUAUACGUUCCUCCCGUACGUUGCCGUGUCGGCGGCCGUCACGACCAGUGGCGCGUUCUUCUCCCCGAACGUCCCCGCCGCCGUCUCGAUCGUCGUCAGUCAAAUCUCAUUUCUCAUUAUCAUCAUGGAUUCCUUGCUAUGCCCCUACGAUGACGUGCAUUGCUCGUACGUGAUUGACACAGGGUUCGUCCUGACGGCGCAAUCCUUUGUCAUGUGCGCAGUGCACUUGAUGGCCGCAGACGACACACCGAGCGCGUACUUGUCGAUGCUGUUGGAUCAGCUCGGCGUUGUCUACAUCGUCGGUCUCAUCCAGAUCCUGUCCAACUUUGUCGAUUUGUCCGCGGUGUCGGUUGGCCGAAAGAAUGUCCUUGUCCUCUUGUUCACGGUGUGGGCGGCUGAUUCCGGCAGCUACUUUACAGGUCACCUGCUGCGGAACAUAGGCUACAAGCGAUUCCACCCGCUGGCUCGCCACCUGUCUCCCAACAAGGACAUCGAGGGGACGGUCGGAGGCGUCGUGUUCGGGCUCGUUGCGAUGUUCAUCGCCACCAACAUCCUGCACAUGACGGCGACGGGAAUUAUUGCUAAGGUCGCCGUCACGACUGCCGCCAUAUUGUUUAGUCGAUGCGGAGAUCUAUUUGAAAGCCUGAUCAAGCGCGCCGCCGACGUGAAGGACUCGAGCCACCUCAUUCCAGGACACGGUGGUUUCCUCGAUCGUGUCGACGCCCUCCUCUUCGCCAGCAUCCUCUUCGCCCUGUACAACAUCCACCUUCAGCUCCUCGAAUGAAACACAAUUUCUGCAUCUGCAAUGAGCCUCUCGUCCCCCUUUGAAAUUGCCUUCAACUCAACCAAGACCAACACACAGUGCUAAGCAAACAUUGGACCUGUAUUCGUGCUUAUACUGGCGUACAGAAUGUG